AUGGAAGCUUUAGCUCUUGCGUACACAGCACCGUCCAUAGUGAACGUCGUGGUCCUGGGCACCUACCUCUUGCUUCUAACAAUCUUCUACCAUGCAUUCCAACGGAUCUUCUCGGCAGGCAUUUUGGGUCCUCUCGUUCUCGGAGCCGUAUACGCCCGACCGCUCGGAGACAUCCUACCGCAGGAUGUGCAAUCGGCUGUGCUCGCGAUAGGCUAUCUCGGAUUGAUCCUGCUCAUCGUUCAGGGCGGUCUCGAAGCGCGAAUGGACAUCAUGUCGAGUCCGAAGAACCUGCUCGUAUCUAUUCUGGUCGGCGGAACUGGUAUCCUGCUACCGAUCGGCAUCAGCAUGGCACUUUUGCCAUGGGGUUUCGGCUUUGGCUUUCUCGAAAGCUUCGCCGUCGGCGCAGCCUUGGGAUCCACCAGCCUGGGCACGACAUUCGCCGUCCUGAGCUCCUUUAGCGGCUCGCAGAACGGGUCGGACGGCGGAUACACCAAUGAUGCGACGCACAGCAUUGCCUCUACUCGCAUCGGCACCAUCCUGAUCGGUUCGGCACUCCUGGACGAUAUCGUGGGGUUGGUCAUCACCGGUGUGAUCGCAUCCCUCGGUCCCUCUUCAGGAUCCGAACAAGGCGGAUCCAUCUCCAUCGCACCUUGGACAAUCGCUCGUCCCAUCGUGGCCUCUUUCCUCUUGAUCGUGGUCUCCUGCCUCCUUUCACGCUACGCGCUCCGACCCAUCACCCGGCUGGCGGCGCUUCGAUACCAACGAUCGCGCGAAGCUCGUCUCGAUGUUGAAGAAGGAAGUUCCGCCCCUGGCUCGAAGUUCGGAAAAUCGAUGAGACACCUUCUAGCCGAUGCCGGCUCGCAACAGCUCCUCGCCGCAACGCUUCUUAUCAUCACGGUGCUUGCCUACUCGGUGAUAAGCGAGGAGAUCAAAUCUUCGCUCCUCAUCGGCGCCUUUUGCGCCGGAGCCAUGAUGAAGUAUGUCUACGGCACUUUCUUGGACACCGCUUCUCCGCCGCCCAACUCGACUUCCAGCACCAUCCUUCGAUUGUGGUCGCCAGAACACCUGCUUUCGACCCAAACGGCGCUCGGCGUCGUGCAGGAGACCAUCCUCAUGCCGUUCUUCUUCUCAAGCAUCGGGUCGGCUAUUCCCGUCAAGUCGAUGUUUGAAGGCAAGACCGUGUGGCGAGGUGUCAUCUUUGCGGGUCUCAUGGCGUUUGCGAAGGUCUGCGCGGGGGGUUGGAUCUAUGUUGCCGAUUGGCUGGAGCAAAAGAUGGAGGACAGGGCCGGGAGGGCCGAUAGGCGCAAGCAGAAGCAGCUGGCCGACACUCGACAGGCCGUCACCCAGGAUGGUUCGAUCGAGAUGCAGGGCGAAGCGUCGAACGAGGAGGGAUCCAUUAUCCGUGCAGCGGAGGCCGCAGCGCCGAAACAGCCCGUCUGGCCCGCAGCACUGUUCCUCGGCACAGCGCUCAUGUCGCGCGGCGAGAUUGGUUUCCUCAUCAUCAACCUCGCCAGCCAGGAGGGCCUCGUCAACGAGCAGGCCUUCAACGUCGCCACCUGGGCCAUCGUCCUCAACACUCUCGCUGGGCCCAUGUCGAUUGGCAUCUUGAUGCGCACACAGCACGGGCAAGACAUCAUCAGGCGCAGCCCAAAUGGCAGGAAAUAUCGAUGGAGGUGA